UUAGCUUCCAGUAAUUAGAAAAUUUUUAUUAACUUAUUUAUCUAUCUAAGGAUAAGCCGUUAAAAACUAAGUUGUAAAUAGCAAAUUCUUUAUAUAAUAGAGUGGAAUGUACUUAUUAUUACCUCAUUUGCAGACAUGCUCUUAUUUUCCAUUUUUGAAGAAUGAAGUUCUUAGACAUCAGUAUACUCAGGUGACAUCAACAGUCUAAAUCACACUAAAAAAAUUAAAGGAUAUUAAUAUAAAGAAAAUAUAAAAUAGAAUAUGAGUAGAAGACUCACAAAUAUGUAUGUAUUUUUGUCCAUACACAGACGUACUGUAAAAAAAGGUUGGUGAAGGAGAUUGAAACGAUGGAGAUGAAGAAAGAUGAAAAGCAAAUAAAGAAAAAAAUUAGUUGAUUGAAAAUUAUAUAUAUAAGAUGAAACCGUUUGAAACCAUGCCAUGAUUUGGAAGUUAUAGAUGAUGACAUGAACGUGAUAGUGGUAAUCAGAGAAAUUCGAGAGAUUUAAAAACUAAAAGAUCGAAUGAGUUUUUUUGUUAGGGCCAAAUCUUGCUAACAAUUGUUUUAUUAAUUAUCUGAUUGGUACUUUAAAGCAAAUGAUAUAUUUUCCAUGUUGAUUACUCCGAUAAAUAAAUAUAUAGAUCAAAAAUUAUAGAGAAAAAAAAAGAAUUUGAAAUCCAGACAGUUAAUUACGAACGUAAGAAUAAGAUAAUUUGAUUAAUUAAGUAGUUAUGUAUUUGGAAUUGCCAAAAAAAUGGGAUUGACGUGAAAGCUUUUUCAACUGUUCUUUUUUGUAUUUUUCUUUGGAAAAAAUAGAUUAUUACAUGUCAAAUUUUGAUUGGAUAGGUAACUUGUACUUUAGUAUAUAGAGGAUUCGUUUGAUUCUCCCGCAAAACAAUCCUUCUAGUGUUCAUGUAUUCCCAACAGCCUGAUUUGGUCUUACAUCCCUAAAUAUUAGUUGAAAACUAACAUUGAUCGUCUAAUUAUUUGUUAGUAGAUUUCAAAUAUACAUUGCAGUUAAUAUAUUUGAAAAUGUUCUUUUAAGUUAGAAAUAACAAAAGCUCUCGGAAUGGAUUAACUGCAUAAAGAAUAAACACGGAAUCUAUAAUAUCUAUAGGUUAGAAUCUGAUAAUGUUGGUCAACUUUUCCAGUGUCAUUUGCUUAAAAUAGAAAGACAUAAGUCAAAGGAACAACCAAUCUUGUGAGUUGUCUAAAAAGACUUGUGUUGUGUCCAGAAAAACAAACAGUCCGUUUCCUAUCUCUCUCCUCAAUGUUAUUUAUAUAUCUUUUUUAUUUCUUGUUUUUUCAGUUGUAACUUACACCGUAAAUCACCAAAGUUACCUCUUCUCUUCUUUUGUUGCUUAUCCCUCUUUGUCAACAAUUCUAACAGAGGAAACUGUAAAUAAAUGAGGAUCAGAAAAUAUUUCCACCAAGGCCAACUUUGAGGGGUGAAGAUCACUCUGUUGGUCUCACCUUUCUCAAAUCCCUUACAAAAGAAUCAGUGGUGGAGGGAACACAAAACAUAUGAUCCUGUACGCAGUAGGAACAGGGAAUGAUGGUGGAUCUACCAAUCACAUAUCAGACGGAGGAGGAAGAGUUGCACUGAAGAAAGGGCCAUGGACGGCCGCAGAAGAUGAGAUACUGGCGGCCUACGUUAGAGAGAACGGUGAAGGAAAUUGGAACGCCCUUCAGAAACAUACAUGCCUUGCUCGUUGCGGCAAAAGCUGCCGUCUCCGUUGGGCUAAUCACCUCCGGCCUAAUCUCAAAAAAGGCUCUUUCACAGGUGACGAAGAACGUAUCAUUAUCCAGCUUCAUGCUCAGCUUGGCAACAAAUGGGCUCGUAUGGCCGCUCAGUUACCUGGACGAACAGAUAAUGAGAUCAAGAACUAUUGGAACACGAGGUUGAAACGUCUUCAACGCCAAGGACUUCCUCUCUAUCCUCCAGAUGUCAUCCCUAAUCAUCAGCUCCAUCCACAUCCACAACAUCAUCAUCAUCAACAAAACCAACAUCAACAAAUGUAUUUCCAUCCACACUCAUCACAACCAAACACACCGUCAUCUUCUCCUCUUCCAUCUCCAACACCAGUAAACGCAAAUCCCUCAUCAUCUUUCACUUUUCAUACCACAAACGCAUCAACCGCUAAUCUCCUCCAUCCUCUAAGCCCUCACACUCCAACCACACCGCAAACGCCUUCUCAGCUCUCUUCCAGGCCACCUCCACCUCCACAGCCACUCUCAUCUCCUUUAUCUUCCCCUCUCAACAACCAAUACCCGACUCUUCCUCUUUUCAACAACAAUAACAAUAACACUAACUUUACUUUCCCUAGACCUCCACCUCUCCUCCAACCGCCUUCUUCACUCUUUGCCAGACGCUACAACAAUUCUAACACUCCUCUCAAUUACACCAACCGCGUUUCAACCGCACCAUUUUCCCCUGUUUCAAGAGACUCUUACACUUCCUUUCUGACAUUGCCUUACUCUUCCUCUGCUGCUCCAAACACUCAACCCAUUACUUACCAUAACACUAACAAUAAUUACUCUUCGUUCUCAUUAAAUCCUUCAUCUUCGUCAUAUCCUACAACAACUUCUUCCCCAAGCUUUCUUCACUCCCAUUACACUCCUAAUUCUUCUUCCACCUCCUUUCAUACCAACCCGGUUUACUCCAUGAAGCAAGACCUCCCUUCAAACCAAAUCCCUCAGAUAUGUGCUUUUAAUAAUGUCAACAACUUCACAGACAAUGAGAAAGGUCUUCACAGACGAAGUAUAAGCUGCAGCCUCUUAGAGGAUGUCAUGGAAGAGGCUGAGGCUCUAGACGGUGGAGGCGGAGGCCGACCUCCUAAACGGAGACAACUAACAUAUUCUCCUCUAAACAAUCAACACAACAACAACAACAACAAUGACAAUGACUUCUUCUCAGUCACUUUUGGACAAUAUGAUUCCUCUGAAAAUAUAUGUUCCUUACAAGGUAAACUAAAACCGCAAAACUUUAGAAAUCUAAACUCUGGAUACAGUUUUAAAAUGUUUUUUUCAUUGAAACGCAGAUUUGAAACCAAAGGAAGGGGAGUCUCUUGAAAUGAACACGAUGCAAGAGGACAUAGCUAAGCUUCUUGACUGGGGAAGUGAUAGUGGAGAGAUCUCUAAUGGACAGUCAUCUGCUGUCACUGAUGAGAAUCUAGUUCUUGAUGUUCAUCAGUUCGCUUCACUAUUUCCGGCGGAUUCCACAGCUGCAGCAAACGACAACAAUGAUAAUAAUAACUUCUCAUGGGACGACUUGGAUUGAGUCGGCUGGAAAAAAGAUUAAAAAGAAUAUACGGACCAAGAUCAAGAAAAAGAUUGAUUUUAUUUUUAUCAUUAUAUGUUUUUACAUGUAUUUGUUGCAAAGUUCCAUUGACUAUUAAAUGCUGUUUCAUCCCUUAAUUUUGUGAUUAUGGAUACGUUCAUGUAUUUUUUCUUCAAAAUCCUUCAUAUUCUUCUACUUUAGAAAGGAGUUAAUAUUUUCUCUUAACUUAGUGGACGUCCAAUAAAUUAAGAGUAUGAUCCAUUUUUCCCGACCUGGCAAGAGUUUUUGUUUCCCUUGUUGCAACAUCCAACCCUCACCUAACGAUCGACGCUGACGUUAACGUUGACCUCGAUCGACCUUCCUCAUCCUUCACCGGGGCAGCAGCUAAAUUUAACUGAAAGGACGUUCUUGAAUAGAAGGCGGGAGAUACAUCUCCGACAAAACGAUCAUGACCUGGUCAUAAAGACGUGUUUCUUGAAUCUUGACAGACAAGAAACUCUUACGGGGAUGUGGCAUUCGAAGCUUUGAGAUAAAUGAGUUAUUUUGUUGCAGCAAAGGAAAUGGAAUUUGAUUGGACUUGAAAAGCUUUGAGAUAAAUGAGUUCUUUUGUUUGUAGUUUUUCGGAGGAAACAACCAUUGAUGACUCGAUCAUUUACGGUCGUUGAAGUUGAGACAUGCUCAUGGUUGAAGAUGCUCUUCAUGAUGGAUAUGAACCAAAGGAAGAAGCCCUAAAUAUCUGCUGAAUGAUUCUUAGAUCACAUGAUCUUUAACUAAUUUUCUCUCUACAAUGUGUGAAGAUAUAUAUCUAGACUCAUGUUAAUGUAGGAUCAGGAAGUGUAAUUUCCUUCAUUU